UAGUCAUCCAACAUUGUUUUACUAGCUCCCAGGUUACAGAGACAGCAGGAAGACAUUCAAACAUAAUGUCAAGUAUGUCAGGUAACGGUAGGACGCUGGCACGUAGACACAGAGAGGGAGAAAUAAGAACUGGAGCCCACCCCAGAAGUGAAGGAAGCCUUAGCGGGGACACAAUUGGUGCUUUGGUAUAGAGGUAAAACUGCUCACGUUGUAACUAGAGAACUAGCUAUAUGCCACAUGGAACAGAGUGGAGAGACAGAAGGAAGCAAAGAGACAGACAAGCGGCAGUCGGUUGGCUUUGAUUUGCAGCCUCUGGAGUCUUUGACUGCUUGAAAGCAAAUGUGACGCACCAGGACAAAUUUUUAGAAAUUCAUGCAGGAGGGGGGAAGGCUAUGCCGUGUAGGCAGAGAAUCUGGACCACAAGACCAACAGUAGCGACCAGGCAGGAGGGGAAAAGACAUCCUACCCGGAAGUGGCCAUGGGAAGAUGGAACAGGAAAUGUGUGCCUACCUCCAAGAGAUGUAAAGAAUCAGAACUGAUAGGGCUUGGUGUCUGAGGAGAAGUCUGGUAUAGGAGAAGAUCAGAGGGUUUGACCAACUGACCUGGAGGGCCAACAGACUAAUCGCCAACACAGCCACCCACCAUUCCGGCUGACUGGAAGAUGUUUCCCUUCAAGGUGAGCAAAUGGAUGGGGCUGGCUUGCCUCCGGUCCCUGGUGCUGUCCCCACCCAGUAUUCGUCAGAAGAAACUAAUACACAAGAUGCAAGAGGAAAAGGCUUUUCGAGAGGAGAUAAAAACUUUCCAUGAGAAAAUAAAAGACUUCCGGGAAGAGAUAUGGGAUUUCAGAGGCAAGAUCCGGGCUUUCCGGAGCCAGAUCCUGGGUUUCCAGGGGGAGGAAAGACCAUUCUGGGAAGAAGAGAAGACCUUCUGGAGAGAAGAAAAGACCUUCUGGGAAAUGGAAAAAUCUUUCCUGGAAGAAGAAAAGGCUUUCUGGAAAAAAUACGGAAUCUUCUGGAAAGAGGACAAGGCCUUCUGGAGAGAGGACAAUGCUUUAAGGGAAAGAGACCGGAAUCUCCUUCAGGAGGACAAGGCCCUACUGGAGGAGGAAAAGGCCUUGUGGGUAGAGGAAAGAGCCCUGCUUGCAGAAAAGAGGGCUCUCUGGGAGGAUAAAAAGUCUCUCUGGGAGGAAGAGCACGCCCUUUGGGAGGAAGAGAAAGCCCUCUGGGUGGAAGGCCGUGGCUUCCAAAUCCUCGGGGAGCAGAGACCCCAGAAUGCUCCUCACCGUGCCAAUGAAGAGCCACAGUCAACAGUCUUCCCCCGAGGGCGCGCAUAGUGAACACUAGACACGCAGGACCACGGGGUACAGCCAUCACUGGCAGGGCUCCAAGACCAGGGUGGCCCCAUGUACUAGAGUAAAUAGACACUAAUUUGUCUCUUUGCCGUGAGAGAGAUAAUAAAGGCCUGAGGAGAGGUUUGAAAAAUGGCUCUUCACAGGUUGGCUGCAUCCUC